CACUUUAAUUAGUAUUGUUUUCGUCUGGAUGUUAGCUUGUGACCCUUAGAUAUCCAAACUUGUGGUGAACUUCAGUCAUCAGAGUCGAUUCGUUUAGACAUUGAAUGAUCAAGUGAAUGAUUUCAGAAAAGAAAAGGGAGUGCCCCAUCGCAAUUUAGGUUUUUUUUCUGCGCUGUCUGUAUCUUAAACAAAGGUGUGGGGACACUUUGAUUAAUCAUUUCCCUACACACUUCAGGGUGUUGUUGCACCUUUCCAUCAAGAUGUUAAUAGAAUGUGCAAUACUGGUCCUGGUGAUGGCUUUGUGUUUCAGAUACUACAGUCGUACGGUAGACAACUUUAAUGAAGCAGCGAUAAAGGGAAAACGAGUGGUAGUAACUGGUGCCAGCUCUGGGAUAGGCGAACAGAUAGCUUACCACUACGCCCGACGAGGUGCUAGACUUCUUAUAACAUCAAGGACGGAGGCCAAUCUAGAACGGGUGGUAUCGUUAUGCAAGCAACUUGGCGCUCAGGAUGCCUCGUAUAUACCUCUAGACAUGGGGGACCCCAUCCACACCAAGCACCUCAUCGAUGAAGCGAAGCUGAGGCUUGGAGGGUUAGAUCAUCUGAUUUUAAAUCAUAUCACGCACACACCGAUGGAACUAUGGAACGUCCCGGAGAUGGAAAAGAACCUUGCUCAGUCGAUUGAGGUGAAUUUCAACUCGUACGUCAGACUGGCUACGUACUCCACCGCCAUGUUAGCAGAGAGUCAAGGAAGCAUCGCAGUAGUCUCUUCCGUAUUAGGACUAAUAUCCAUGCCAUUUUCCGGGACCUACUGUGCCGCCAAGUUUGCUGUCCAUGGGUUUUUCGAUUCGCUGCGUCUGGAGUUUGAACUUCAAAAGUUGAAUGUUUCCGUCGGUAUAUUCGUACUUGGUCAAAUUAAUACAAGCGCAGCAAAGAAUGUUGCCAGCCGCCUCAUGGAUGUCGACAACCUCUAUUUAACAUCAGCUGAAGACGCCGCAUACCGCAUUAUGACGGGGACGACCAACCGGGAACGACGAGUUUACUACCCGCUGUCCGCUCAUUUCUUCCGGGGUUGGCGGGACUUCUUGCCCGGUGUUGUUGACAGGCUCGUCAUGAGGAUGUACAAUGCAGAUGAAUUGGCCGAAGUAAUGAAGAAAUCGAGUUAAGGGUUGAGGUACUUUUUGUCACACGAAACACAAUGUCGUCAAUUUUUAUUAAACUUAUACACGGUUUGAAGAUAAUGUUUUAGUAGAAAGCUUCCCUUAAAGACAGUGGACACUAUUGG